UUAGUACGCGCACAAUUCUGGUUUAGAGAUGAACUUCAAGCAAAAAUCAAUUAGUGCUUCACUAAUUACUUGUCUAAUAAUAAGUAGUUGUUUGGCAGUCGAGUAUAAGGUGCCAAAGGCUACAAUUAAAGUUUAUCAUCCGAAAGGAUUUGAAGUAUCAAUACCACAUGACAGAGGUGUUAAACUCUUCGCAUUCCAUGGAAAAUUAAAUGAAGAAAUGGAUGGUUUAGAGGCAGGCACAUGGUCUGUAGACAUACGCAAAAAACAAAAUGGAUAUUGGACCUAUAAAAAUACCGAUGCUGAACUAAAAAUAGGCGAUACAUUAUAUUAUUGGACAUUUGUAAUACGCAAUGAGUUAGGCUAUCGUGAGGAUAAUGGAGAGUUUAAAGUUGAAGCCUACGAUAAUUAUUUUAAAACAACUGUGAAGUGCAGAGGUUGGUUUUUUAUAGAAAAUUGUUUGGUCAUGAUCAUGAUUAUAUUAAUAAACAAUUUUUAUAUAUUCACAUCUAUUCUGUUAUCUAUACUUCUACUACAUGUGUGUGUUGCUUAUGAAGUACCUAAGGCGAGAAUAAUUGUUUUCGAACGUAAAGGUUUCGAAGUGUCCGUACCAGAUGAAGAAGGUAUUUCAUUGUUUGCUUUUCAUGGCAAACUAAAUGAAGAAAUGGAAGGACUAGAAGCUGGUACUUGGGCUAGAGAUAUUGUUAAAGCGAAAAAUGGACGUUGGACAUUUACUGAACGUGUAACAAAAUUACACAUAGGUGAUAUACUUUACUAUUGGACAUAUGUUAUAUAUAAUGGACUUGGGUAUCGUGAAGAUGAUGGUGUAUUUGUAGUAACUGGCUACAAUAUUACUGAAAAUUUAACAACAACAACGACUACAACAACAACUGUAAAACCUACUACAACAACAACAACAACAACAACGAAGAAAACAACAACAACAACGUCAACUAAUUGCGCUCCGUCACAAACCAAAAUUAAUGGUAACCAAUUCGUUAAGUGUGCAGAUCAAUUAUUGUUUGAAGACGAUUUUGAAGACUCAAAAGUGGAUACAAAAAAAUGGAAAUUAGAGAACCGUUUUGCUUCAAGUCCUGAUUAUGAAUUUGUGAUGUACGUCAAUGAUGUACCAGAAAUAUUUCAAUUUGAGAAUAGUGUAAUGCAUAUCAAGCCUAUAGCGACCGCAAAUUAUUAUAAAGAAGAAAAUCCAUUAAAAUUUGAUUUAAAUUUUGGUGCACGUUGUACUGGAUUACAAAACACUGACGAAUGUAAGAAGAAUGCUAAGCACUCACCUUUAACGUUUAUACCACCAUUUUUGUCCGCACAAUUAUCAACAAGAAAUACACUAUCCUUUAAAUAUGGACGUGUGGAAAUACGCGCCAAGCUACCACAAACGGAAUGGGUUGUUCCGGAGUUGUGGUUACAGCCUGUCACAUAUGCAUAUGGUGUAACGAAUUAUCAAUCAGGACAGAUACGCAUUGCAUUUAGUCGUACAAAUGGUACUUCAACUGAUUUAUAUGGUGGCGUUAUCUUAAAUUCUGAAGAACGGUGGCGGUAUAAGAAGUUGUGUCAUUUAGCUAAAGCAACUGAUAAGAACUGGUGGGAUGAUUAUCAUGUCUUCACAUUAAUUUGGACUGAGAUGUAUUUGGCAUUCGCGGUGGAUAAUGAAGAAUAUUGUCGCAUUCAUACCUUACGUGAUAUAAAUACCUUGCCGAAUCAUGCACAGUUAAGUACUGGCACUAAAUUGGCACCUUUUGAUCAGGAAUUUAUAUUGACUCUGGGUUAUGGUGUUGGUGGUCACGGAGAUUUUUCGGAUAACGAAAAAUGGAUAACGCCAAAACCAUGGGAAAAUACCGAUCCACGCGCCAUACCAAAUUUUGUGGAUUACUUAAACCACAAACAUGGAGAUUGGCUAGAAAAUGGACGUUUAAGUAUAGAUAGUGUAAAAGUUUUUUCAGUUUAAUCAAAAUAUUUUAGUUAGAAAUAAAUAUAUGUA